AUCAGCACGCUGCUGUCUGUGGACAUGACAGUUCUGAUGAAAAUCAAAGCUGGAGUUUGGCCCCUUCCAUGACAUCUGAUGCUUCACUGCCUUCAGACUUCCAGGAUGAAGGGUUGGAGGAAAUCACACCGAGGCCUGUUCAAGACACGGGGAACAUUUUGAAGCAAGGAUAUCUGGAGAAGAGGUCCCGAGAGCACAGCUUUUUUGCCUCAGAGUGGCAGAAGCGAUGGUGUGUCCUCAACAGAAAGACCUUUUACUACUACGCCAAUGAGAAAAGCAAGCAACCUAAAGGCAACUUCUCCAUCGAGAACUACAGUGCCCGGCUGGCUUCCCACCUGCGCAAAGACUCUCGAAAGAAAUGCUGUUUUGAGUUAAUCUGCCCUGGCAAACGCACCUAUGAGUUCACAGCCCCGAGCCCAGCAGAUGCUGAAGAUUGGGUGGAUCAGAUCCAGUUCCUCCUGAAGGACAUGAGCUCCCUCACGAUCCCAGUUGAUGAAGAGGACGACGAAGAGCUCUACAAUGACGUGGACAGUUCUGACUCUGUGAACACGACAUCCCACAAUACCACCCUGAAUCAGGAGGAGCCCAAUGUUGAGAUGGAAGAGGAUGACAUCUACGAGGUUUUGCCAGAUGAGGAGCUGGAGCCCCCCAUCCCAGAGGACAGCGAGGACACCGGGAGCAGACAGAGAAGCGGAGGUCGCCGGGGCGAUUAUGCCAAUUACUACCAAGGGAUGUGGGACUGCAGCAGCGAGCACCCCGACGAGCUCUCCUUCCACCGCGGGGACCUCAUCUACAUCCUGAGCAAGGAGUACAACGUGUACGGCUGGUGGGUGGGAGAGCUCAACAACGUGGUGGGGAUCGUCCCGAAGGAUUACCUGGAGGCUGCCUACGAGCUGGAGGAGCGAUGAGGACCUCGGUGUCCCAGAUCCAGGUGCUUCUCUCUCCCUGGCCACGCUGAGACACCAGUGACACCAUCCCCACCACCAGCCUUCCCUGGCUACGGGCACCCAGUGCACGACGAGACCCACGUCCCAUCACCCGGCCACGCACGGUGUCCCCGAGCUCUGCCCCGUGGUACCCACUGCGAUGCUUUUGGGGCACGGUGGGGGCUCGGGGAGGGCGUCAACCCACAAUAAAGC